UUCUGUGUGUUUUCCAGACAGCACGACUAUGUGGACGUCGCUGCCAUCGCUCUGGUUUCUAUCCGUCUUAGUCUUGUACGGGUGCGAGUGCCCUUCGGGAUUCGGCUGCCCGAGGAUCUGCCGCUGUUUCUCCAACACAAUCAGAUGCAAUAACGUGACACAGGGGUCAGCGCUGGUGAUGGACCACAGGGAUAAAAGACUGUUUCUCUAUCACUUGUCUCUGCACACUAUUUCGAGCCAUUCUUUUGAGGGUUUGAAGGGAGUCCAGAGGAUUGAGAUUGCCCAGAGUGUAACCCUGGAAACCAUUGAGACACUAGCGUUUAAUAACCUUCUCAGCCUCUCUGAAAUCUCAAUCCAGAACACGAGGAGUCUGAUGCACAUUGGCAGAAGGACAUUUAACAACCUUCCCAAACUACAUUAUCUGAGCAUCUCAAAUACUGGGAUAACAGUUUUUCCUGACAUUACAUCCGUCAGUUCCCUCGAAUCAGAGUUUAUCUUGGAUAUCUGUGACAACCUCUACCUACUGGAAAUACCUCCAAAUGCUUUCAUCGGCAUGACCAGAGAAUAUGUUACCAUGAACCUGUACAACAACGGCAUCAGAGAAAUACAUGACCACGCCUUCAACGGGACAAAGAUAGAUAAGCUGGUAUUAAAGAAUAAUCGAAACCUCAGAGUGAUCCACAGAGAUGCUUUCAAGGGAGCCACAGGCCCUGGAGUUUUGGACGUCUCUGCGACAGCUCUUGCAAGGUUACCGCCGCACGGACUGGAGUCAGUUCUGGUGUUGUUCGCUCAGUCGGCGUACGCCUUGAAGAGUCUGCCUCCUCUGCAGGGGCUGCAGAGCCUGCGAGAGGCCCAUCUCACCUACAACAGUCACUGCUGUGCUCUGUUGAGCUGGAACUCCAACAGGGACUUUCCCAUGAAUCCUGCAUGGAAUAAUAGCUCUACAUAUUGUGAUGACAGUGACGCGUCAACAAGGGUUCAGCAUGUGAUCGGAGCUUCAGCUGAUACGACUCUUGUCAUGGAUGUGCCAUUUUUGGAGGUUGAAGGGUUUGGAGACGUGAAUUUCUACUAUCCAGAAUUGGACUUCUGUCAGACUCUACCAAUUUUGGUUUGCACACCCGAAGCGGAUGCUUUCAAUCCCUGCGAGGACAUCGCAGGUUUCAGUUUUCUCCGAGUGGCCAUUUGGUUUAUCAACAUACUGGCCAUCACAGGUAACCUGACAGUGCUCCUGGUCUCCUUCACUAGCCGCAACAAGCUGACGGUGCCUCGCUUCCUCAUGUGCCACCUGGCUUUUGCAGACCUUUGCAUCGGGAUCUACCUCCUGAUGAUAGCCACAGUAGACUUGCGCACACACGGUCACUACAGUCAGCAUGCUAUUGAAUGGCAGACAGGGCCUGGAUGUAGUGCUGCGGGCUUCCUCUCUGUGUUUGGUGGGGAGCUGUCAAUAUACACGCUUUCCACCAUCACCCUGGAGCGCUGGCACACCAUCACCAACGCUCUGCAGAUAGAGCGCCAUCUGGUACUCACACAGGCAGCGAGCAUAAUGGCGGCUGGGUGGCUCAUCUGUCUUGGGAUGGGGAUGCUGCCCCUGGUUGGUGUGAGCAGUUACGCCAAAGUCAGCAUGUGCUUACCGAUGGACAUAGAGACUGGUCUGGCUCAAGCCUUCAUCAUAAUGAUCCUGCUCUUCAACGUGGGCGCCUUCGCGGUUGUGUGUAUUUGUUACGUGCUGAUCUAUCUGGCUGUAAAGAACCCAGAGGUCCCCAGAAGAAGCGCCGACACCAAGAUUGCAAAGCGCAUGGCAGUUCUCAUCUUCACGGAUUUCCUCUGCAUGGCUCCCAUCUCCUUCUUUGCCAUCUCUGCUGCAUUCAAGGCUCCCCUCAUCACAGUUACCAACUCCAAGAUCCUGCUGGUCCUUUUCUUCCCCAUCAAUUCUUGUGCCAAUCCCUUCCUUUACGCUAUCUUCACCAAGGCUUUCAGAAAGGACGCGUAUCAGCUCAUGAGUGCCAUGGGCUGCUGUGAGAGCAAGGCCAGUGUUUAUCGCAUGAAGGCCUACUGCUGCAAAAAUUCAAUCAAGAGCAACUUGGUAUCCAAUGAUAAAGGACCAGGCACAGGUGUGAGGCUGGCUGCCAUGGCAGAGCAGGGUUGUCACCUGAAAGAGGAAGAGGAGCUCACCUGAAAGAGUAAAGAUGCAAAACUCUUUGAGCCUGCUGAUAGGACAAUAGAAGAGAAAUUGAGGAAAAACAACUCAUUCUGGAUUAUGAGGAAAUCAUUUACUUGUAGGCAUCUAACAUGUUGACUCUGACGACACAUUUCAUUCUGCACUGUUGGAGAUGGUCACAUUUUUUAAAUGAAAGUUUAAGAAAAUCGUAUUAAGUAAACUCUGUUGACUGCUACGACAUCAGGUGCCUUUUCCUAACAAAUCUAAUAUUAGCUCAGCUCACUGAAUGGGCCUUUUUCCUAGAAGACACGUUGACUGGUCAUAAAAGGAAAAGUAUAACUAAUAACAUUGAUGAUGCUCUGUUUAAUCCGAGUAAGCCAUGGGACAGGAAAAACUUAAAUGGAAUGGAGCAGUCACUGCUGGCAUUAGUCCCACCGGUAUUUUUCCUGCUUAUCACAUGUCAAAAUAUGGCUCCUGAGUGAAGGGGCUAUGGCAAGGUGGACAAAAUGGAAAUGUACAGAAGAACAGCUACUACAUGAACCCUUGUUGUUUUAUCAGUCACUCUCAAGAAUAGACUUUCAAUCUCAGCAUAAUUGGAUGAUCUAAAUGGACAAGCCCUUAAAAUGCUCUUAAAAAAUGGAAGUUUAUAAUUCCUUAAACACCGGGCACAGUUCAUCUACUGACUGUGUAAAGCUCCAAAACAUCUACUGUGGACCUUGUGGUUAGAUUGAGUGAUGGCCUUCAUCAUAAUUCAUCAGAUUCAUUAGCAGUUGCAGUAAAAACCAAGCCAUACUCUGCCUCUGUCGAUUAACUUCAACUCUGUUUUUAAUAUAUGUCAAAUAAAUUGCU